AUGUUGUUGUCGCCGCUGCUUUCUACAGCCGCCGCUUUGGUCGCUGCAAGUGUUGCAGUUGCAGAUACUGCCAAUCUCGCCCCUCCUUUCGAAUGGUUCGCCAUCGUCCCCAACGAGCAGCUCAAGUAUCAAAACUGCUACGAUGGCUUCAAGUGCGCUCGCCUGAUUGUUCCUCUCGACUGGAAGAACCCCGAGGACAACCACACCAUCUCCAUUGCCAUGAUCAAGCUGCCAGCCGUUGUUCCGGAUGACGACCCGACCUUUGGCGGCACCAUCAUCUUCAACCCCGGCGGCCCCGGCGUCUCUGGCGUCGAUGCCGCCCUCCGGGGAGCCAGAACCAUCCAGCAGAACCUCGCUGACACGCCUGGUGUUCGUCACUAUGAGAUCCUGUCCUUUGAUCCCCGCGGCGUUGGGAGAACAACUCCAGUCAGCGACUGUUUCCCCUCCGAUCCCUUUGAUCGCACUGCUUGGCUCCUUGAAGACCGUGCCAAGGGUCCGCUCUCCUACGGCAAGACCACACUGUCCUACGGCCUGGGUCUCAUGGAAAACUUUGUCGAGCAGUGUAGACUUAACGAGGAGCUCAAGGGAAGCAUGGACUUCGUCAACACUCCAAGCGUGGCUCGCGACAUGGUAGAGAUGAUUGACAGAAUCGACGAGCUGAGGCUGCGCGAGGCUGCUGAGAGGCAUGGCAAGCCACCGGGUCCUCAACGAUUACCAUCCUCCCAAGGAGAAGCCGAGAGAGAUGAGGAUGACGAAGCCCGGCAUCUUCCCAAGACGCAGCUUCAUCAACGAGGCAAAUCAGAGGAUCAUGAAGAAGAUCAGAACAACCCCGUACCGCGGAUUCAGUAUCUCGGCUUCUCGUAUGGCACCAUCUUGGGCAACACUUUUGCAUCCAUGUUCCCAGGCCGCGUUGGACGCAUGGUCCUCGACGGCGUGCAGAGCGCCCCGGAUUACUACACCGGAGAUACGAGAACCGCCCUCGAAGACACUGAUGAGAUGUUUGAUAUCUUCUUGCAGGGCUGCUACGCUGCCAAGGUCAACAUAUGCCCCCUUCGCUUAUCUUACAAAACCAUCAAGGAAGCCAAGAAGCAAUUCUGGCAGUGGAUCUUCGACCUCAACCGCCUCCCCGUGUCGGUGAACCUAGUCAAGGGCGGCAUCAAGGUCGUCAGAGGAGGCGACGUUCUCGCGGUUAUAGGCAGCGCCCUGUACAGCCCUUUUGAGAAGUUUCAGCCCCUCGCCUUGGGCAUCUACGAUGGCAUGAGCAUCGGUGACUUGAACCGCCUCGCAGCCAUCAUCGACGAGGACAGCCCCAGAAUUAACACGGACGCCAACAACUUGAACGCGCAGCAGCUCAAGGCCGAGCAGACAUGGGGCGUCACCUGCAGCGACGGCCCAGACUGGCGCGACAAGGACGUCGGCUUUUGGCACAAGCACCUCCAGAAGCUGGAGAUGAAGUCGAGGCUCUUUGGCCCCUUCUGGACCAACAUCCGCUUCCCCUGCGCGUUCUGGUCGUCCCGCGCCAACUGGGUGUUUGGCGGGCCCUUCAAGACGCCCUCGCCCGUCUCGGAGCCGCUCUACACCUCGAGGCCCGCCGCGCCGCUGCUCUUCCUCAGCAGCCGCUACGACCCGGUCGCGCCGCUCAAGGUCGCCCGCGCCAUGGCCAAGGAACAUCCCGACUCGGGCCUCGUGGUGCAGCAGUCCAUGGGGCACACCACGUGGGGCGGCGGGCCGAGCCGGUGCACCUGGGAGGCCGUCCGCGAGUACUUUCACGAGGGCAAGGUCCGGGCGAAAGAGAUCUCUUGCGCCGCCGAGUGCGACCCGUGGGACAAUGAUUGUCAAGCCACGCUUUCCAAGAGGGCCGAUAGAGAAGGGCAAUCCUGGGAGGUGUGGACGAACAUGACGGUGACGCUUCGAGAGAUUCUUCGACCGAGGCCGUGGGCGGUUGGAGGGCCGUAA